UUUUUCAAAUCUUCCCAUCUAUAUUCCUCACCAACACUCAAAUUAAUUAAAUACUUCGAAAAGCAAGAAGUCUGUUGGUUUGGUAAAGUUUUAUUCCAGACAGCCUCUCAGGAGUUCUGACUGUUGCGUGUGUUGCAAUGCCGGAACUGAGAUUUGUGCAGUGAGGAGGGGGGGGGGGAGAGAGAGCCAUGGUGGUGAGGAAAGUGGGAAAGUAUGAGAUUGGGAGGACGAUUGGGGAGGGCACCUUUGCCAAAGUGAAGUUCGCUCAGAACACAGAGAGCGGGGAGAGCGUCGCCAUGAAAGUGCUCGAUCGCAGCACUAUCAUCGAGCACAAAAUGGUGGACCAGAUCAAGAGGGAGAUUUCUAUUAUGAAGCUAGUUAGACAUCCAAAUGUCGUCCGUCUCCACGAGGUUCUAGCAAGCCGUACUAAGAUUUAUAUCAUCUUGGAGUUCAUUACAGGUGGCGAAUUAUUUGAUAAAAUAGUACACCAUGGGCGUAUUAGUGAAGCUGAAUCAAGAAGAUACUUCCAACAGCUCGUUGAUGGUGUAGACUUUUGCCACAGCAUGGGAGUUUAUCACAGAGAUUUAAAGCCUGAAAAUCUCUUGCUUGAUUCACAAGGAAAUAUGAAGAUUUCAGAUUUUGGUUUGAGUGCAUUACCAGAACAGGGGGUUAGUAUCCUUCGGACGACCUGUGGGACACCAAAUUAUGUAGCUCCUGAGGUAAAUGUACUGAGUCACAAGGGUUAUGAUGGUGCUAUGGCAGAUGUUUGGUCCUGUGGCGUUAUCCUUUAUGUUCUGUUGGCUGGAUAUCUUCCCUUUGAUGAACUUGAUCUUACCACGUUAUACAGUAAGAUUUUGGGCGUGGAAUGGGAAUUGCAGUUCUUACAAGUUCCUGCAGUAUUCCUCUGUCUAAUGUUUGCUUCUUUUAAACUAUGCUUGGAUCAAAAAGAAUUUUGGAUUAUUCCUAUGAUGCUGUUGACUUUCCCUGACCCUUUCAUGCAGAUUGAUAGAGCAGAGUUUUCAUGCCCAGCGUGGUUUCCAAUGGGAGCAAAAUCUUUAAUACAUAGAAUUCUGGACCCAAAUCCUCAGACUCGCAUAACUGUUGAACAGAUAAGAAAUGAUGAGUGGUUUAAGAAGGGUUACGUUCCUGUGAGUCUACUGGAGUAUGAAGAUGUAAAUUUGGACGAUGUAAAUGCAGCUUUUGACGAUGCUGAGGAUCAAACAGUCAAUCAACAGAGUGAAAAUGAAGACAUGGGUCCUUUAAUUCUUAAUGCAUUUGAUUUGAUAAUUCUGUCUCAAGGAUUAAACCUAGCAUCACUCUUCGAUCGUCGGCAGGACUCUGUGAACUGCCAAACACGCUUUAUCACUCGAAAGCCAGCAAAGGUGGUUUUAUCAAGUAUGGAAGUUGUGGCACAAUCAAUGGGAUUUAAGACUCAUAUUCGCAAUUACAAGAUGAGAGUAGAGGGUAUUUCAGCAGACAAGACUUCUUAUUUUUCGGUGAUACUGGAAAUUUUUGAAGUUGCUCCCACAUUUUUAAUGGUGGACAUUCAAAAAACAGCUGGAGAUGUGGGUGAAUACCUCAAGUUUUACAAGACUUUUUGUAGCAAUCUUGAGGAUAUAAUAUGGAAACCGCCUCUUGAAGCAAGCAAAUCAAAGAUCUCCAAGACUAGAAGCAAAAAAAGGUAGUUUCUUCACCUCUAACAUCUGCUCUAGUUGAAAAGGAGAGAAGGAAAAUCUUGUUGGGGAACAUCUUCGAACUUUGAAAGAGAGAGAGAAAUUUACCUAUCAGCCAUCACGACGAUGAAUAUACAUGAUUUAUCAGUAUAUGUGUUUGUGCUGUUGGCUUUUUCGUUUGACCUGUAAUAUCAGUUUUGUAGUUCUACUUCCGCCAUUAUAAUCGAUCCUCAACCCUCAAGGGUAGUGACCUUAUUGUACAAUAUGAACGUUAUUAAUAUACCGAGUUUUCAUAUAUAAA